ACAGAGUAGAUUUUCGUUUUUGUACUUCACUCUAAAAGAUCCUUUUGAGUUUCUAUCCUACAUAUUUGUUCUUAAGAAACUUGAAUAAUAGGAUUUUCUAUGUAAUCAACUAACACAUACGAAAAAGCAUACAGCCAUUUUAUUUGUUUUAAGUUUUAUGGAACUUCACUUUGUGGUGUACUCAGCUUGGUAUUUUGUGUUGAUAUUGUUUCAGUAACAUGAUGCUUUAAUCAUUUGGUUGCUUGAGUGAGAAUUGUUGGUUUAGGAUUAUGUUAUUCCUAUGACCAUUAUUUUAUGCUGCCUCUUUAUUAGGUCAUGUAUCUCCAGCAGGAUAGCCAAGGUUCUUCAUAAGACUGUGUUUAGGAAGGUGAGUACUGAGGCCUUUUCAAACUUAUGAAGACGUCUUUGAUUUUCACCAAACUUGUAUGAAAAAACAUAGUAAGGAAUUGCUUUUGUGAUAUUUAUCAACUAGUGGACUGUGAAUUUGUCUUUAUUUAAGAAUAUAAUGCUCCACUUAAUACAUAAAAAUUCUUCUCCCUUAAGAAUUCUUUAUUCUUUUCCAGUCCAUGUUUAAUGUUUUGAGCUGGAAAAUAUUGAGCAAAAUCAAAAUGGUUCUUUCCUGACUACUUCAUUUGCCUUUUCCCCCAGCUUUCCUUCCAGAAUCUUCUGUUCAUUGUUAACAGCAGCACAGAAUGGAUGGAUCACUGAAUCCAGUAUCAUUUGAAGAUGUGGCUAUAGACUUCAGCUGGGAGGAGUGGCGGGACCUUGACAUUGCUCAGAGGAUCCUGUGUAGGGAUGUAAUGCUGGAGACCUACAGCAACUUGGUGUCCUUGGGGCACUGUGUUUCUGAACCCAAGUUGGAGGAAGGUACAGAACCGUGUAUGGGAGAAGUACUAGAAAUGAAUUUCCCAGAAAUGAAUGACAUGAUUAAGACUUGCCACGAAAGGCCAGAUGAAUGGCUAUAUGAAGUAGCAGUCACUAAUAGCAACAAAGUAAAGGAAAGAGUGAAUUCAGUAAGAAAUUUUCAUUUGACUUUAAAACAUAUGCCAGAGCUGAUUAGGAAUAAUAAGUCUUUAGCAAUGGGGACUGAGGAAAUCAUUACAUGUCAAAACCUGUUUCUCUAUAGUGAGCCUGAUGGGAUGCGUGAUCCAUGCAGACCUGUUGUCUCUCAUGUAGCUGAGCAAGCGCUUAGACAUUGGAAGCAUUUUAUUCAACAAUCUGAGAGUCCUUAUGAGCAUCAGUAUUUUAAAGAUGGAGGAGAAGGAAUGGUAUUAAACUCAGAGACUAUUUUCUCUAGACAUAAGUAUGUUUGUGCGGGAAAUCUCCCUUACAACCAUAGUGAAUAUAGAGAAAGCAAUUGUAAGUCAGCUCACAUUGUCCAAGAAAUACUUCAAGGAGUGAAGAAACCACCUGAAUGUACUGUGUCAGGGCAAACAAUCUAUUUAAGACCUACUACAGUCAGUACACAUCAGAAAAACCAUACUGGAGACGAUCCCUAUUCUUAUAGUGAAUGUGAGAAAUGUUUCAGUAAGGAAAUGCACUUUACUAACCAUCAGAGCAAAUAUUCAGAGCAGUCUGAUAAGUAUACCAAAUGUAGAAAGAAACCUUAUGAAUGUAACAAAUAUGGAAAGUUCUUUACAAACAAUUUAUAUCUAAGAAAACGUAAGAAAAUUAACACUAGCAAGAAACUUUAUGAAUGUAACCAGUGUGGGAAAUCCUCCAGGCAGCAGGCAAAUAUUAGUACACCUAAGAGAAUACAUACAGGAGAGAAACCUUAUGAAUGUACAACAUGUGGAAAGUCCUUCAGGUUGAUGUCAUCUCUAAGUAAUCAUAAGAGAAUUCACACAAGAAAGAAACCUUAUGAAUGUAACACAUGUGGAAAGUGUUUCAUUAAGAAGACAUAUCUUAGUGCUCAUCAGAGAACACACACAGGAGAGAAACCUUAUGAAUGUAACCAGUGUGGGAAGUCUUUCAACCAGAAGAUAAGUCUUAGUAGACAUAAGAGAACACAUACAGGAGAGAAACCUUAUGAAUGUAACCAGUGUGGGAAGUCCUUCAGUUAUAGUUCAAGUCUAAGUAAUCAUAAGAGAAUUCACACAGGUGAAAAACCAUAUGAAUGUAACCAGUGUGGGAAAUCCUUCACGCAGCAGGCACAUCUUACUACACAUAAGAGAACACAUGCAGGAGAGAAACCUUACAAAUGUACAAUAUGUGGAAAGUCCUUCACAACAAUGUCAUCUCUAAGUAAUCAUAAGAGAAUUCACACAGGAGAGAAACCUUAUGAAUGUAACAUAUGUGGAAAGUGUUUCAUUGAGAAGACAUUUCUUAGUGUUCAUCGAAGAACACACACAGGAGAGAAACCUUAUGAAUGUAACCAGUGUGGGAAGUCCUUCAGGAAGAGUUCAUAUCUAAGUAGACAUAAGACAGUCCAUACAGGUGAAAAACCAUAUGAAUGUAACCAGUGUGGGAAGUCUUUCAUCCUGCGGUCAUAUCUUACUGAACAUAAGAGAACACAUACAGGAGAGAAACCUUAUGAAUGUAACAUAUGUGGAAAGUCCUUCCGUAACCUCUCAAAUCGACGUAGACAUAAGAAAAUUCACACAGGAGAGAAACCUUAUGAAUGUAACCAGUGUGGGAAGUCCUUCAGGAAGAGUUCAUAUCUAAGUAGACAUAAGACAGUCCAUACAGGUGAAAAACCAUAUGAAUGUAACCAGUGUGGGAAGUCUUUCAUCCUGCGGUCAUAUCUUACUGAACAUAAGAGAACACAUACAGGAGAGAAACCUUAUGAAUGUAACAUAUGUGGAAAGUCCUUCCGUAACCUCUCAAAUCGACGUAGACAUAAGAGAAUUCACACAGGUGAAAAACCAUAUGACUGUAACCAGUGUGGGAAAUCCUUCAGCCAGCAGGCAAAUCUUAGUAAACAUAAGAGAAGACAUAUAGAAGAGAAUCUUAGGAAUGGAACACAUGUAGAAAGUCCUUUACCCACUUGUCAGCACUCGAGAAGCACAAGAGAAAUCAUAUAGGUGAGAAAGUAUGAAUAUUCCAAAUGUGAAUAGUCUUUUACCUAGAGGUCACUCCUUAACUUGCAUAAGAAAAUUCACAGAGGUGAAAAACCUUAUCAGUGGGCCCUGGGAAUAUGGUUUAGUGGUAGAGUGCUUGCCUUGCAUACAU